GGUCCCGGAUGUCAACCCCUGUCAUCGAGCCAGUCGACGAACGCUUGGACAAAGCCACACUCACGCCCCUCGGGCUUCCUCCUCGGUCUGCUCCCGUACAACGGUGCCCGCUUGCGGCAAGCCUCCGCAGACCGCCGUGACCAAACCUCCGUCGUCAUGCACCGACGCCUUGUGGACGAUUCAUGGAACGGUAGGCGAGACUGAUAGUCUUGCCACUUAGCCGAAGAGAUAUACCACGGAUUGCCAUGACGGUCCCCAGAUGGAUAUCUCUGGGGAUGGGUCUCCGUUACCUCCUUGACGAAACGACCUCUUUUGAGACGCUGUCGGUCGUGACACGGCACCAUGCGAGCACCGACGGCGAGUCGCGCAUGAUUCGGACCUUGUUGAUCCUGUCAUUGACGUUCGCCUCUAUCAGUGUCAUGUCGACACUGUUUGCCCUGUACUGGUUGAUAUUGCUGCUGAUCAAGGGCGAUUUCGUCAAGUCAACGGUCCUCCUGGUAUAUGCAAUAGUCAGCUUUGCCAGGGGCAACGUCCGCCCCUCCUCGGCCUUCUGUCAGGUCAGCGGUUUUGCCCUCGCUGUCGGCAUCGAGGCCUCGGACGUUGCUGUCUUGCUCAUCGCCCUGCAUUCCGCCAUGUACAUUCUUCGGCCGAGGUCGGGACUGUACCCAUAUCGUCACUUCGCUUAUCUCGCCUUCUACCUAUUCCCUAUCGUUGCUGCCUGCUUGACCUUCAUCGCCGGUAACGGGUAUGGGGACAUGGGCCCCUAUUGCUACCUUCGGACGGAUCGGCGCUGGGCCCGGCUGGCACUCAGUUGGGUGCCGCGAUACGCCAUCUGUGCCGCCAUUGUCCUCAUCUAUCUCUUCAUCUACUUCUAUAUUCGAAGGAGGAUGGGGGAUUUUGGGAGGAGGCACUCCGAGGCCACCCAGCCGCGGUUCCCGAGCGAGUCGGCCGGAGCAAUCUCGAUGCCGCGUCUCCGCUACAACGGGCUUCUCCCCUCCUCGUCGUGUUCCCGGCCCACCUCGACAACUGACACCAUCUCGGCAGUCAAAGACCAGCUCCGGCCCCCAUCAUCUAUUGGCCCCGCGCGGUCCGUGAGUGCCAGAACGAGUGCGGAGGCCCCCCGUAGAGGGCCCGUCAAGUGGAACUGGACUGUGUUUGCCCAUGAUCAACUUCCCGAAAGUAGUCGGCCCUCAGCAGACGACACGUACGAUCCAACCUCGCCGAACUCGCCGGGCCAUUUAUUGAUCCCGCCCUCGCCGGCAUACAGCCAUCGCCGCAACACCAUCCCAAGCGACCACGUCUUAUCGGGUUCGUACCCCGGCGGCAGCAGCAGCAGCAGCAACAACAACAACAACAACAGUAACAGCAACAGCCGCCGCGUAUCUCUCCCACCCUCCCUACCACAGCAUACCGACGAUGCCCGAGCCGAAGUGGAUGUCGACACCUCAGAUUCAUCUCCGAUGCUUCCAGUUCCGGCAGCGUCGCUGCCGCCGCCGUCGUCAUCCCGCUUCACGGCAUCCAUCACCCCGGCCGACCCGGACCCGGGCCCAGCCCCGGACCCGGAUCCGAUCCCAUCGAAACAGCUCAACAACAAGAGGACCCUCCGCCAGCUCCGGGCCCUCUUCGUCUACCCGCUGGCCUACAUCGUCGUCUGGCUCUUCCCCUUCGUGUCGCACGUCAUGGGCUACGACGACGACUCGACCCGCUACCGGGGGCAGGGGACGCCGCACUGGCUGUUCGUCGUCAGCACCAUCAGCCUCGGCGUGCAGGGCGCCGUGGACUGCACGCUCUUCCUCCUGCGGGAGACGCCGUGGCGGCACGUGUCGGCCGGGGCCAAAGGGGGCUUCUGGGCCGCGCUGGGCCGGAGGUGGAGCUGGAAUCUCCGGAGGGCCACGUGGUGGUGCGGGCGCGGGUGGGGCUGGAAAGGGUCCUCUGCCGACGGGGUCGGCAGGACGCGGGAGGAGAUGCUGGUGGACGGGCGGCUGGCGAGGGAGAGGAGGGAGGAGGAGGUGGCGGUUGAGCGGGAGAGGAGGAGGGGAGCCGCCAUGGGCCUGGAGGGGCCGGGCGGCGGGGUUGGGAGGGGGAGGAGGAGGAGGAGGAGGGAGUGGUGGGAUGUGUAUGCCGAGAGGGAUGGCAUCCUCGAUGGUAAUGACGGUUUGGAUGAUACUGAUGACGGAGAGGGGCAGGUCGAGGUUCCGCAGGAGAUUGGGUAAUGCGAUGAUGCUUAAAGGGAGCACGCGGUUUCUUUUUUGAUCGUGAUUUACUACUGCGUCUUAAAAAGGAGGGGAUUGGUUGCGUCAUACCCGGGUUUCGCAUAGACGGGCGUUUACGGGCUGUAUUGGAGAUACCUUCUGCGGGUUUUGGAUUCUUGGGCCACACACACUACCAUCUCGGCAUCU